UUUGCUCUCUCCCUCUCUCUCUCUCACACUCCGAAGAACAAAGCCUAACAGCGAGCAUGAGCUCCUUGUUAGCAUCCCAGCUACAAGCCAUCAAGGCGGUUGUUCAAGCCGAUACAGAGCCAUCGAAGAGACCUUACACGCGUCCUUCGAUUCUCUUCAGUCCCAAAGAAGCAGCCGAUUUCGACAUCGAAUCAAUCUACGAGCUAGGGCUCAAAGGUCUCGAAGUGCUUGGAAACAAAGAUGAGAGGUUUAAGAACUUCAUAAGCGAUUUGUUUAGUCAUAAGAGUAGAGAAAUCGAUAGGGAGUUGCUUGGUAAGGAAGAGAAUGCUCGAAUUGAUUCUUCUAUUAGUUCGUAUCUACGGUUACUCUCUGGUUAUCUUCAGUUUCGUGCUUCCUUGGAGACACUUGAGUAUCUCAUACGAAGAUACAAGGUUCAUGUAUACAAUGUGGAGGAUGUGGUGUUAUGUGCUUUGCCUUAUCAUGACACUCAUGCGUUUGUUCGUAUUGUUCAGCUGAUCUCCACUGGAAACACCAAGUGGAAGUUUCUGGAUGGGGUGAAAAAUUCAGGUGCUCCACCUCCUAGGUCGGUUAUUGUUCAGCAGUGUAUACGUGAUACGCAGGUCUUGGAGGCUUUGUGUGACUAUGGAUCUCGGACUAAGAAGUACCAGCCUUCAAAACCCGUGGUCAGCUUCGCUACAGCUGUUGUCGUCGAAGUUCUUGGCUCUGUUGCAAAGGUUGAUGGAGAUCUUGUGAAGCUCAUUUUACCAUUUGUCGACUCUGGUCUUCAAUCUGCUGUGAAAGGAUGUUUAGAUCAGCAGGCUGGUGCGUUAAUGGUUGUUGGCAUGUUGGCUAACAGAGCCUCGCUCAAUGAUAAUCUUAUCAAACGCUUUAUGAGGUCAAUCAUCGAUGUUGCUCGUGAACAUGCCAAAGAAUCUUCUGAUCCUCAUUGGCUUCGGUUGUCAUUUAUGGCAUUGAUUAAUUUGGUUCAGUUGCAGUCUGUGGACUUGAUCCCAAAGAAAGCUUUGGACCUUUUAAAGGAAAUAAGGGAUAUCUCUGGUGUUCUUCUGGGCUUGUCCAAAGAGUUCAACAUUAAGAAGUUCCUGACAGUUUUACUAGAUUCUCUUCUCCUUUACAGUUCGUCUGAUGCUCAAUGCCUAGAAACUUUAGUUUCUAUAAUUACUAGUGUUCCAGUAGAAAACUUGGUUGAUCAUUUGAUCUCCAAGGUUUUCUCGACGUGUAUGACACAAUAUCAGAAGAACAAAAGUGGUUUUACAUCUUCUACAUCUGGGAGCUGGGCCAAGAAAAUUCUAGUUGUCGUUAGCAAGAAGUAUUCUGCUGAACUACGUGCAGCAGUACAAAAAUUUAUGGAGGAUAGUAAAGAUCUGUCGAAGAAAGAAGAUUUGAAGGUUGAGAUGUUGUCUUGUAUGCUGGAUGGCAAUUCAGACAUGUCUCUGCCUUUCGCGGAUUCAAAAUUGUGGUUCCGGCUCCAUCAUCCUAAGGCUGCUGUACGUUGUGCUGCGCUUUCUAGUCUAAACGGUGAUCUCAAUCGUGACAUAUCUAAAGCAGAGAACCUUGUUACAAUUCAGGAUGCUAUAGUGCGCCAGCUUUGGGAUGAUGAUCUGGCUGUUGUUCAGGCCGCCUUGUCACUUGAUCAGUUGCCGAAUAUAGUAACUUCUUCAAGUCUUCUGGAUGCUUUGCUUCAUGUAGUGAAACGUUGUACUGGGAUUCUCCAAUCAGGUUUAUCACAAAAUGUUCAUCUGGCAGCAGAUGUCGUUGCCUUAUCCCUUAAAAUUGCUGUCUCAAGUUUGUGUAGUCAAGCGGACUCUACUGAGAAAGUCGCCUCUGCAAUGUUUCCAUUUCUCCUAGUUCUGCCGAAGACUUGGAGUUUAAACCUACAAGUGCUGGCAUUGGGGAAGGACGUUAACUGGCCACUUUUCAAGAAUCUUGUUACUGAUGACGGAAUGAAGAAGCUCCCAGAUAUCAUGUCCGGAAACAUAUCCUCAAUCCGCGAAAGUCUGUCUGCAUUGAACAUGGAUGUUGUUAACAAGCUGGUGGAAGCAUUUGUGAUGAACCCUGGUGACGUUAUUCAGUGGCUUACUCACAGUUGCCAAGAAGCACCGUUGUCAAAGACAUUGUUUUUUGUGUUGUUGAUGCAGUCAUUGCACAAGAUGAAUUCUUCACCUGAUCCUAGUCAGUUUUUGGAUCUUUUCGAGCUUUGCUUUCCUGUGUUGAAGACGGAAUGGGAAGAACUUGAUGUUGCAGUUGAUCUUUCUUUGAAAGAGCUGUCGGAAAGCAACUGCCAAGAACUCUUAAAUGAAAUUUUUGACUCCUCUGAUUCUACUGCACUGAACUCAAAGCUUCUGAUCUGCUUGUGGUGGAGGUUAAUCGAGUCAUUCAUAAAACUUGAACCCGCUCAUGUCACUUCGGUUUUUAGCGAAAGGUUGUGUAGCGGACUCGAAGACUUGUUUUUCUUUUUUGCAACAACCCGAUCACAGCAUGUUUUCAAGGAACACCUCCACUACCGUGUGAGAGAAGCCAAAGUCUGUCCCGUUUUGUUUCUCACUCGGCUUCUAUCACGGGAAGAUGUUCCUCCUAUGGUCCAAGUUGAAUGCCUCAAAUGCUUUUUGUAUCUUUGCUCCAAUGGAAAUAGUGAAUGGUUGAUCCAGCUAUUCUCUAGUUUUCCAGUACUUUUGGUUGCCAUGUCAAGUGAUAAUCAGGACGUUAAAUUAGCUGCCAUGAAUUGCUUUGAAGCACUCUUCAACCUACGGUGUCAUGUCGACUCUAGCAAGAAAAAUGGGAGUGCUGCAAUCAGUAGUACUUCUUUUGAUGAACUGCUGGGAAUGAUCGUUCAACAAAGGAGGCUUAUAUUGUCGGACAAUAAGUUUCUUCCAUCCUACUUGACAUCGUUGCUCAGUUCAACCCCUAAUGACUUACUAGUGCCAGUUGACCUGCAAAAAAGGUUUGAUCAACCCACAAAAGAAAGCAUUCUCAAGGUCAUCUUAUUAUGUGUGCAAGAACUUCCUACUUAUGGAAAGCUAAGACUUGUAUCACUGCUAAAAGGUCUUGGCUUCUCACUUCUGCGUGAUGAGAACGUGAAGUUAUUGUCUCAACUUCUUGAUAAACGUAGUCAAUACUACAUCAAAACUCCCCCUCAAACCUCAAUGUCAGACACUGAGCUCGAUUUGUUGUGCCUUCUUCUAGAGUGCUCCAUGAUGCGUCCAGCAUCAUUCAAAGGGCAGUCUCUUGAUGAUGAUAUCCUGAACGCAUUGAAAAUUGAUGUGGCAUCAGAACAUCCUGUAGUUAUCUCCCCGUGUCUUACAAUUUUGGAGAAGUUAAACAAUCAGUAUUAUUCUGAAUUGAAGACUGAGGUUCAGAUUCGUUUCUUCAACAAGCUAGUAUCAAUGUUUCGAAGUACAAAUGGUAGAAUACAAAAUGCUGCUAAAGAAGCCUUCUUACGCCUGAAGAUCUCUUGUUCAACGGUGAUCCAUACCCUUGAUCAUAUCACUCCGCAGGAUAAUCUUGUUAUUGAAUCUUUGAGCAAGAAGAAGAAACAGAAGAAAUCAGUGUCAUGUCUAGAAGAUGACAUAAAUGGUGGGGAACUUCUAAGAGGAGAAAAGGCCCUCAGUUUCAUUGCCUCGUUACUUGACAUGCUGCUUCUAAAGAAAGAUCAAGCUUACAGGGAGUCCCUUGUAGGGCCUUUGUUUAAGCUAGUAGGAAAAUCUAUGUCUAAUGAAUGGGUGAAAAUUGCUUCGUCGGCUGAGGAAACGUCAAUCCAACCUCCUCAGGAUGUUCGUGAAAUAACGCAUGCAUCUAUAUCUUCCAUCCAACAGACAGUGCUCUUACUCCUGAAAGAUAUUUUUGAUUCUUCUAAUAUGAAUUCUUUGAAGGAUGACGUCACAAAUGAAAUCAAUGUCAAAUUGCUGGUUGAGUUUGCUCAUUCCUCAAAUGAUGGAGUCACACGGAACUAUAUCUUCUCCCUCUUCACUUCAGUAGUUAAAAUUGUCCCAGAUAGAGUUUUGGACCAUAUCAUCAGCAUACUUACACUGGUUGGCGAAUCAACAGUGACACAGAUUGAUAGCCACUCGAAGUCAAUCUUUGAGGAGUUUAUUUCAUCGGUUAUUCCAUUUUGGCUGUCUAAGACUAAGAGUGAGGAGCAGUUGCUGGAGAUUUUUGUAAAAGUGUUGCCUGAUAUUGUUGAGCAUAGAAGGCGUUCCAUUGUAGCUUACCUGCUGAGAGUUAUUGGUGAACAAAAUGGCUUGCCUUCUUUACUUGUCCUCUUGUUCAAGUCUCUAAUUUCAAGGAAAGACUCGGCUUGGCUUGGUAAUGUCCAGAAUUCGGAUAGUUUUCUAGCCGAUAUUAAGAGGGAGUGGGAGUAUGCCUUUGCCGUGGAAAUAUGCGUACAAUAUACUUCUUCAACAUGGCUUUCAUCCCUGGUCAAGCUUCUUCAGACUAUCAGCAAAGACAGUACUAGUGUAGAAUGCUUAUUUCAGAUGCGGCUCGUCUUAGAAUUUAUAUUCCAGAAAUUGCAAGACCCAGAAUUUGCAUUUGCAGUGUCACUUGAACCAAGAAACAAUGUUUCAGUUGGCAUUCAGCAAGAACUGCAAGAGCUUAUGAAGGGUUGUAUACUUCUCCUGCAAGCUGUUGAUUCCACAAAGGAGAAAGAUGUGACUUCUGCGGUUAGAAAGGAAAUCAGAAAGCGUAUACAUGAUGUCUUGAUGACUGUUUCAGGAGUCAUGGAUCUGUCUAUAUAUUUCAAAGUUGUUACUAGUUUGCUUAAACAGCAGUCAGAUCGUAAUGGGACGAAAAAGGUACUUGGGCUUAUAAGUGCGAGAGCUAAGGACUCCUCUACUUCUAAACUGAAACACAAGAGGAAGCUCCCCAAUCAGAAAAGAGGAAACCCUUGGUUGAACCUGGACGAGGCGGCUGUUGAAGCUUUCGGGAAGAUGUGUGAGGAAAUCGUCAAUGUAAUUGUUGAGACAGAUGAUGAGUCAGGUGUUCCAGCUAAACGAGCUGCCAUAUCUACACUGGAAGUUUUGGCUAGCAGGCUUCCCUCUGGUCAUCCGAUCUUCAGCAAGUGUCUUGCAUCUGUUGCAGAAGGCAUCAGCUCAAAGAAUCUGGGAGUUUCUUCAAGCUGUCUUCGUACAACUGGUGCGUUGAUUAAUGUUCUUGGCCCAAAGGCGCUUGUUGAACUUCCACGCAUAAUGAAAAAUCUGGUACAACAAUCGCGCGAAGUAUCAUCUGUAUCAACUGGAAACGCAACGGCUGAGGAACAGUUGCUUAUGCUGUCUGUUCUAGUCACUUUGGAAGCAGUGAUUGAAAAACUUGGAGGUUUCCUAAACCCUCAUCUUGGGGAUAUCAUUAGGCUCAUGGUGCUGCAUCGUGAAUAUGUUUCUGACUUCGACAAGAACCUUAAAUCCAAGGCCAAUGCCAUUAGGCGGCUUCUUACUGAAAAAAUACCAGUUCGCCUCACUCUGCAACCACUUCUACGAAUAUACGAUGAGGCUGUUAGUUCUGGCGAUGCAAGUUUGGUGAUUGCUUUUGAUAUGCUAGAAAAUCUGGUCGCAAAAAUGGAUAGAGCAUCUGUUGUUUGCAACCAGGCAAAGAUUUUUGACCAAUGCUUAGCUGCCCUAGAUAUUCGACGUCAAAAUCCAGCAACGAUUCAGAACGUUGAGGCUGCUGAGAGAAGUGUAAUCAGUGCGACGGUUACACUCACAAAGAAGCUAACUGAGUCUGAGUUCAAACCCCUCUUUAUCAGAAGUAUUGAUUGGGCAGAGUCGGAUAUUGUAGAUGGAUCUGGGAAUGAAAGCAAAAGUGUGGAGAGAUCUAUCUCUUUCUAUGGUCUGGUGAAUAGACUCUGUGAGGCACACACGUCGAUCUUUGUACCGUAUUUCAAGUUCAUGCUCGAUGGUAUUGUAUUGCAUCUCACCAGUGCCACCGGAGCAUCAGUUCCAACAAGGAAGAAAAAGAAGGCCAAAAUUCAGGAAACGGAUGAUAGUCUACCACCAAAAACCUGGCAUCUUAGGGCGUUGGUGCUUUCUUCUUUGAAGAACUGCUUUUCGCAUGAUACUGGAAGCUUGAAGUUCCUCGACGCAAAUAACUUCCAGGUGCUAUUGAAGCCCAUAGUGUCACAGCUUGUUGUUGAACCGCCAACUGAUUUGAAGGAGCUUCCACAUGUACCAUCUGUAGAAGAGGUUGAUGAGUUGUUGGUUUCAUGCAUUGGUCAAAUGGCAGUAGCCUCUGGCUCUGAUCUCCUCUGGAAACCGCUUAACCACGAGGUGCUAAUGCAAACAAGGAGUGAGAAGUUGCGUGCGAGGAUGUUGAGUUUGAGGAGUGUGAAACAGAUGAUGGAUAAUCUGAAAGAAGAGUACCUUGUGCUGCUCGCUGAAACCAUUCCUUUCUUGGGUGAACUACUGGAAGACGUUGAUCUGUCUGUGAAGUCUUUGUCUCAAGAUAUCAUCACUCAGUUGGAAGUGAUGAGCGGUGAAGAUUUGGCCCAACACCUCUGAAAACUCUGAUUUCUACAAAACCUUGGGUUCCACAGUUUUGAUGUCUUUUGUGUGUGUUGGUUACUAAGUAGUAUAAAAUAUUCGUGAUUAUGUGCGACGCUGUUUAAGAUUUAAGUUCUCUUUGUCAUGACUUGAUAAUCGAUCUGUUUCUGGGUCAUUUCUAUGUUUUCAAUCGUUUAAAAAUACAUAGUCUAGCUUUAUGAUUACAAGGAUUGUUACUUUGGAAAAGUUGAAGUUAAUUAAGAAAUCA